AUGAGCGAAGGCACCAUUCGAGAGUUUGUUGCCAAACAAAAAGAGCUUCUCGGCCUUGAAUUUGAAGCAGAUUCGUCUCCCGAAGAGUCCAAAUCGGUAGAAGAACGUGCUUCCCAUGUCCUGGCAAGUUUGGAAGUCUCGGAUGUCUCGGUUGGAUUGUACGGACGUACCGUGGUGCAAAUGUCUUUGCUUACAGCAGAAAGGACAACGUCGGAAGAAGUACUGUUACCAGCGCAUCGAUUCACGGUGGGAGAUGAAGUACAAAUUCGAAAACAAAAUCGCAAGGACUCGCCGACCGGGGUUAUUUGCGCCGUUGCCGAUACCUUUGUCAGUGUGGCAAUCUUUGAAACCAGGAAUUCAUUUCAGAAUAACAACAACAAGAAGGACAAUAACAACAACAACAACAAGAAAGCGGCCAACAAAUCAAAGAAAAAUAAUGAGGAUUCCCAAGCGGACGAAAAUGAUUUCCUGAGUCAGCCUCCCUUUUCGUUGGUCCCAAUGAGUUCCGUCGAAGUCCAUCGCAAAAUGAUCAAGGCAUUGGAUGCCUUGGAGAAAGAUGGGGUCAAUCAUCCCGUUUGUGGGAGCGUCGUCAAGGCCAUGUUUGAUCCCGAUCUUUCCAUCAAGAAUAAUAAACAUGCGGCAAACUUUGACGCCUUUAAUGACAACUUGGACGAGAGUCAAAUGGAAGCGAUAUCUUUUGCGUUGCACAGUGAACGAAAGAUUGCCUUGAUUCAUGGUCCACCAGGAACAGGGAAAACGACCACGGUGGCCGAGUUGAUAUAUCAAGCAGUCAAGGUGCACAAUAUGAAAGUGUUGGUGACGGCUCCUAGCAACGUCGCUGUGGACAAUAUUCUAGAACGACUCGUCGCAACUUCCAACGCUCCACAACCUCCAGCAGCAAACAUCAAAGACAAUAAGAGCAUCCCAAAAUCACAAAAUAGGUCCUUGAAAGCCCUUCGAUUGGGGCAUCCAGCAAGAAUCAAAGCAUCCAUUUUGAAAUAUAGUCUGGAAGCUCAGGUCCAAGGUGCCGAUGGGACAGAAAUUGUCAAGGAUGUUCGCAAAGAACUCCAAUCCUACCUCAAAGUCUUGUCCAAUCCAAAGUCACGACCGAAUGACAAACGGGCAGCCUACCGGGAAGUCAAAACGCUGCGAAAGGAAAUUCGACAACGAGAAGAAAAGGUGGUCCAGGAAUUGAUUGGGACAGCCCAAGUAGUCCUUGCCACCACGGUGGGAGCAGCCAAUCGACGAUUGGACAAGGUGGAAGGCGGCUUUGAUCUGGUCAUUAUUGACGAGGCGGCCCAAGCUUUGGAGGCUUCGUGCUGGAUUCCGGUCCUUCGCGGCAAACGAAUAGUCCUGGCAGGAGACCAUUGUCAAUUGCCUCCCACAAUCAAGGCUCGUCAACGUCAAGCACAAGUGGGACUUUCCAAAACCAUGUUUGAACGAUUGAUGGAAUUGUACGGGGAUGACCAAAAGAAGGGAGUAGCCGACCCCAAGAUUUCUCGCAUGUUGCAGCUCCAAUACCGAAUGCACCACGACAUUGCCGAUUGGGCCAGUCAAGCCAUGUACCAUGGGGAACUCCAAACACACUCUAGCGUCCGGGAUCGCACGCUGAGCCAAUUGGAAGAUUUGCAAAAGGUUGCUUCCCAUGGUAGCAGUGGAAGUAUGGACGAAAUGGCCAAGACUAGAAUGCUGCUGGUGGAUACGGCUGGAUGCGAAUACUUUGAAACGGUCAAUGCGGCAGGAUCACGCUUGAAUCACGGAGAGGCUAAUAUUGUGACAAAGCAUGUACAACGGCUAAUCCAAAUGGGACUGGAUCAGAGUCAAUUGGCCAUUAUUACUCCCUACAACGGGCAAGUCGAACUACUGCGCAGCAUGCUGCUACAGGAUUAUCCUCGAUUGGAGAUUCGGACCGUUGAUGGAUUUCAAGGAGGUGAACGGGAAGCGGUGAUUCUCAGUCUCGUCCGAAGCAGUGACCGUGGAGGAAAGGACGGUAUUGGUUUCUUGAAGGAUGACCGGCGUCAGAAUGUGGCGAUCACCCGUGCCAAGCGUCACUUGGCGGUCGUGUGCGAUACCGAGACGGUGUGUCAGAGCAAGUUCAUUAAGAAUUUGAUCGACUGGAUGGAAACAAAUGGCGAGACUCGAUCGGCCAUUGAAUACGCGGCUGGUGGUGGUGAAAAUGAGGACUACGAAGCGGACCUACGAUCGGCUGAAGCGGCGCUGUUGCAAAUGGUGGAGUCCGAAGUCAGGUCCACAGAAAAGUCAAAGACCAAGAGCAUUGAGCAAAAGAAAGAGGAAAAGAAAAAGGAGGACGAGAUCAGGCGAAAAGCACUCAUGGACCAGAUUUCCAAGUUUGCUGAAUUCGGUCCUUUGGGAAAAGAAAUGAAAUUGAGCACCGAACUCAGCAGCUAUGAACGAAUGCUAGUUCAUGAACUUGCCGAACAACUGGGACUGGGGCACCGAAGUGAAGGGACAGAGGGCGUCGAUCGAAGGAUUAUUCUUUCCAUUGUCAGGAAGCAAGGGCCGGAAGAAUCCAAGGCGACUUCCAAAGCUGGUGGUGGCAAAGCAAAUGACGAUGCCAUAGACGAAGGCAUCUCAGCCAAUACUGCGACUGGUCCCUCCUUUGCUGCAUUAGCCAUUGACGAUAGUGAUUCUGAAUCGGGUGAUGAUGAAGAAGCGAAUGAACCGUCCAAAGAUCAGGAAGCUAUGGCAACUUCGACUUCAGAUUCACAAGGGAAUUCACUCUUGGCCCAACUGGCCAAAGAACGCGCCGAACGACAGCAGAAUCAAGGUGGUAGCCAAGCCACCGGUGUGCAAAAGCAGCAGGGCGGAACGAAAAAGAAGAAGAAAUGUAAGGGACAGAAGCUAGGUGGAAAGAAACCAGUCAAACACGAACCAGAAGAAAGCCUGGACGAUUUGGACGACAUGGCCUUUCUAGAUGCCCAGAUUGUAAAGGCUGAAAACAGUCAUGGACGGAAGGUCGAAGGCAAAGGUCAGUACCGCACCAUUGUCAAUGGGAUCCUGAAUACGAGACCGGAACCUCGUGCCAAGCCGACCAAUCCAAAUGCCAAUGCGGCACUCAAAUCCAAACUGAAGGAUGCUCAAAAUGCUAGGAAGGCAAAGCCUAAAAAGAAGAAGAAAUGA